UUAAAAUUAGAACUAGACUGACAUUGCACUGGAGUCUGAGUGAGAGUUUUAAAUGGCUUUGGUAAUGCAGACAAGAUUCAUAAUUUAUCUCCACUCUUGUCCAGAAAGCAGUGAGUCACAGAAAAUCCUUGAAAACACCGAAUAAUUAAGUAUUUUAUUUUUCACGUCACUGUCCCCAUCUGGGAACCCAUACCUGAAGUGGUGCAUUGAGUCAGUUUCCUGCAAGCAAAUCUGAACAUGUAAAGGACCAUGGCUGAAACUGCAGUUUGCCUGGGAACAUUCUCUGCUGUGAAGACACUCUGGGAAGUGAGAAUACACAAGAUAAAUGAAGAAUUACGGAGAGAAAAGGAAUUCAGGCAGAGGUCUGCAGGAAGGCUACUGCUUGUCUGGGAGGAGAGAGCUGCUUUAGCAAAGCUUAAAGAAAAAGUUAUUAAUGAAGGUGGAAGAGCAAUUUUAAGGAUAGAGGAAGAAGAAUGGAAGACAUUACCUUCAUGCUUACUGAAAUUAAUCCAUCUCCAGGAAUGGCAGCUUCACAGAACUAGUUUACAGAAAAUUCCUCAGUUUAUUGGAAGAUUUCACAGCCUUGUUGUUCUGGAUCUAUCCCGGAACUCAAUUGAAAGUGUACCUAAAGAAAUUGGCCAGCUGACCAGCCUCCAAGAGCUGCUUCUCAGUUACAACAGAAUAAAAUCUGUUCCUAAGGAAAUAAGUAACUGCAUCAGUCUGGAAAGAUUGGAACUGGCUGUCAACAGAAAUAUCUGUGAUCUUCCUCCUCAGCUCAGUGAUUUAAAGAAGCUGUCACACAUAGAUCUGUGCAUGAAUCAGUUUACUGCCAUCCCUUCAGCUCUCCUCAACAUGCCAAAUCUUGAAUGGUUAGAUAUGGGGGGAAACAAACUCCAGGAGCUUCCUGACACAAUUGACAGAAUGGAAAACCUCCACACUUUAUGGCUCCAAAGGAAUGAAAUAAACUCUUUGCCAGAAACCAUUGGUAAUAUGAAAAAUCUUAGUACUCUUGUUCUUAGCAACAAUAAACUUAAGGAUAUUCCAGUUUGUAUGAAGGACAUGACAAAUCUGAGAUUUGUCAACUUCAGAGACAACCCACUGGAGCUAGAGGUAACACUCCCUCCAUGUGAGAACACAGAUGAGGAAGAGCAACAGGAAAUGUUUGGCAUUGACUUCAUGCACAUGUAUAUCCAGGAAUCACUGAAGAAAACAGGAAAUGUGGAAAGUUGUACUUCUGGUUCUCCUCCUGUCAUGAAUCCUAAUGAAUAAAGAAUGUAACUGUGAAUGGAAGAAAAUAUCAAGUACACUUCUUCACAGCAAAGAGGCUACAACAGGUUUCAAAUAUUCUUAGGGAUUUUAUUUUUCCACUGAUGAGGACUGGUUUGCAUAUUUGUAAUUCCCAGUGAAACUGGAAAAUGUAAGACUUUUUCUUGAGUAUAGGAAAGAUGAUAACUUUUUUUUUUUGUAAGAAAUGGAGUAGUUU